AUGAAAAUAGGGGAUGGGGUGGGGGGUUUUUUGGGUUGUGUUUUGGUUGGGUGGAAUAGGAUUUGUGGGGAUAAAGGGGGGUGGGGGGGGUUUGUUUUUGGGGGGGGUUGUGGGGGGUGUUGUUGGGGUGUUUGGGUGUGUGGUUUUAUUGUGGUGGUGUUGGGGUGUGUGGUGGGUGAUGUUUUGUGUGUUGGGGUGGGUGUUGGGGGUGUUGUUGUGUUUGUUUGGGGGUUGGGUUUGUUGAUGUAUUUUUGUUUUGUUGUUGAUGUUUUGGGUUUUUUGGUGGGGUUGGUGGUUGGGGGGUUUUGGGGGGUAUGUGGGGGUGUUUAUUGGUUUGUUUUUGUUUUUGGUAGGUGGGGGUGUGGGAUGUUUUUAUUUGGUAUGUGUUUGGGUGGAGAGAGGAGAGUGGAGAGAGGGGGGUUUUGGUGUGUUAUAUGUGAUUAUAUUGGGUGUUUUGUGGUGUGUUGGGUUUUGGGGGGGGUGGGUGUGUUGGUGAUUUGUGGAGUGGUGGGGGUUUUUGUGGAGUGA